UGGACAAAACGGGCGGCUCCACGAGGAGUGUUCGUUCCCCCUUUCGGCCGGAUACCGCUGCCAGGCACGGUGGCGUGAAACUCGAUCGGAAAUUAAACAGGGAGCUUGAUUACGUUGAAUGUCUCCUUUUGGAAGACGAUUCCAGGAGAUAUGGGGCGUAGGAAACAUGGGGUUGUUCUGCUUUGUUGGAGACGGAUAACUGUUCAUGUGGAAUACUUAAGCAUCGGCGACCUCGAGCUCGUCCCAGACUUCACUCCUCCCAUCCAACGUUUUGUUCAUCGUCACAUUGCCUCUUUUUUCCUUCCCCCCCUAACCCUUUACUCCUUUCUCUCCUUUUUUUUCAAACCUUUCCAUUCGUUUACAGACACAGGAUGUCUUACUUUCUCAUCGCUUCCGGCCUGCUUGCGGGCGUGGCCCAGGCCUACACCCAAGUCAACGUCGCCUCGGCCUUCAUGACCAAGAACAUCGACCCCAUCGUCUUCCCGGGCCAGUACGACAAGUCUCACUUGCACUCCUUCUUCGGCUCCGACGCCGUCACCGUCAACACCAAGACCAGCGCCGAGCUCCAGAAGGGCUGCACCAACGCCGAGAACCCCAACGACCUGUCCGUCUACUGGAUCCCGACGCCCCUCUACACCACGGACGGCGGCAAGACGUACGAGCCCAUCCCCGUGUCGCGCUUCAGCGCCUACUACAACCUCGGCGAGACCCCGGCCGAGGUCGCCAUUCCCCAGGACGUCCAGAUGGUGGCCGGCGACGCCAAUGCCCAGACCAAGUCUGCCAUGCCCGCCGAGGCCCAGGCCGAGUGGUUCUGCGAGAACGGCGGCGGCGAGAGCCUCGAUGCCAACGGCUUCCCCAGCUCGACCUGCGGCACCCACCUGCAGCAGCUCCUCUACUUCCCCCAGUGCGUCAACACCGAGACCCUCGAGACGGCCUACAAGGACCGCCGCGGCGGCAGCUGCCCGUCCGGCAUGAAGUCCAUGCCCCAGCUGCGCUUCUCCGUCCGCUACGAUCUGCGCAAGGUCCUCCCUAACGGCUGGAGCGGCACCGCGCCCUUCAAGCUCGCCUGCGGGCCCGCCUGGUGCUCCCACGGCGACUUCAUCAACGGCUGGACCAAGGAGGCCGCUGAGAACAUGGUCGCCACCACCAAGGAGAAGCAGAAGUUCUCCGCCGUCAACGGCGGCCUCGGCGACUACAAGUCCGGCCCCACCUGCAAGUCCGCCGACGCCGACCCCUCUCACGGCACCAGCGACUACGCCGAGAGCGUUGCCGCCAUGAGCAAGCGCGACGUCGAGUCUUGGGGGUGGUCCACCAAGUCGCGCUUCGUCCGCGCCUGAAAAUUAGAACAGAGUUGGAACCUGGGCGGCGGCGAGCGGCGAGCGGCGGUGUACAUAGAACACUUUGUGUCGAAACUUCUUUGUAUUAUACUACCCUGGAGGAUGAACAUACUUGGAUACGCGAACUAAAGAGCGGGCAGCGUUGCUUGGGCGUUGUCAAACUGAAAAAACACACAAACUAUUGCUCCAA